AUGGAAGCCGCCACCAAAACUCCGGCCUCCCUCUCUUUGCCCUGGAAAACACGAAUCUUACUUUGGGUUCUCUCCGCCGUAACCGAGGCAGCUAGGAGGAAAGACGGCACCGUCAACCGCCGUCUCAUCAAAUUCUUUGACUAUCGGAGCCCCCCCACGUCCAAACCCAGAAACGGUGUCAAGACAUACGACGUCGUUGUGGAUCCCGCUCGCAAGCUCCGGUUUCGCGUCUUUCUCCCAAUUCAGCACGCCGUUGAAGAUCUCCCUCUCAUUGUCUUCUUUCAUGGCGGUGGAUUCGCCUUCCUCUCCCCCGACAUGAAGUUCUACGACGAUGUGUGCCGCCGGUUUGCCAGAAAACUUCCUGCAAUCAUUGUUUCCGUCGACUACCGUCUUGCACCGGAGCACCCGUAUCCUGCGCAACAUGAUGAUUGCUUUGAU